AUGUUAGAAGAAGCCAACAAAUGUCAUCCAAAUAUUAAAUUAACCUAUGAAAUUGGAAAUGAUGUGUCUUUUCUUGAUGUUAAAAUAAGAAAUGAAGAUGGAAAUUUAAUUACAUCAGUUUAUCAUAAAGAAGCAGCUGAACCUUAUGUUGUACCAUUCAAAUCCGAUCAUCCACGUCAUAUAUUUCAGAAUAUUAUUCAAUAUGCACUUCUUCGCACUUUACGUUAUUCAUCAACAUUACCAGAAUUCAAUCAUGAACGACGAACUAUUAAAUUAAUGUUAAUCUACAACGGAUAUCCAAUAAGAUACAUUUACCGACAUUUUAACAAAUUUUUCAACAUAUAUAACAUAACAUCAACAUCUAUUUUACCAAUGAUUCAUGAUAAAAAUGAAUAUCUUCUCCUACGUCAUCAAUUAUUAGCACUACCAACGCCAAGUGAGCAUGCACGUGCAUCGAGAAUAGCAAGCCAAAUGGACUACAACAAUCCACCAUCAACAUCUGAUCCAUUAGUCCAAUCAAAACUAUUAAAAUGGCAAAAAGAAUCGAGUUCACUAAAGCAAAUAAUAAUUCAUUAUACAUAUGAGCAACGUCUGGCUUACUACAAAUCAAAGAUUCAUCAAAAAUGGAACGAUUUAUUUCAGGAAACAUCAGUGAUGGAAACAAAACUUAUCGUGGGUACUCGAAACAAUCCUAAUCUGACCAAGGAAUUGGUCCGUCGAAGUCCUUAUCUACAAAAACGACCCAAAAAGCAACAAAAAGCCGACAAUCAAACAGAAAAUCAGUCCAAACUUUUCCUUUAAACUUUUCGCACUACUAUACUUUCUUUCCACUAGUCUGUAUCCAUAAAAACCCGUUCACAAACAUUACUUUCAAUUGUAAAUAAAAACAUUCAAACAAAUGCUAAUCUUACACAAAUAUAAAAAUAAACAUUUUCCAAAAUAGCAGCUAAAACAAAUUUCAGAAAUUCUGGAAAAAAACAAUAACCUCUAUCAGCUCAAAGCUCCAUCUAAAACCUGUACAGAUCAAGAUAUUUUGUUUGUAAUUCUUCUGAUCAUUUAAAACAAAUAUAACAGAGUCAAAGCCAACUGACGAGACCUCUAGCAGGGUCGAAAUCUGGAUCUUGGCAAGCUGUACUCACCCUUACCCUCAAGAUAGUAUUGAUUCGAAUUAAUUUUUGGAUCUUUUAUACGAAUACUUGUGCCACUUGAUAAGAUUCAAGCAACAUCGAAUUACCUGGUAAUGUGGUAGCUAUACUCACCCUCACCCUCAGGCGUUUCAGCGACAUGGGAUGCACAGCAGCAUCGAAAAGGAUGCGUAGGCAGCCAUUCUCAUGCUAAUAGCCAAGCAAUAUUAAACAAAAGGCCUAGCAUAAAAAGGCGACGGGCUUGUUUCGAAGCUGUUCUACAGUGAAGUUCAGCUUCAAUGGUCCAUGGCUUUCAUCGUGUAGCAGUUAUGUAAAAAAUUUGUUUUUAAUUUAAAAUUAAUAAUCAUAGGUAUUUUUAAUGUAAUUUUAAAGAUAAAAGAUAGAGAUUGAUAGUGAAUAUACUAGUUUUUAUAUUGAAUGAAUAACAAAUUAAAAAUAUAAUAAAUGAAAUUUCCAAUAAACUAGAGCUUUCGGCAUAUCAAAUGCCAUCAUUGGAAUUAAUUAUUCGUACUUCAUCUACAGUAUCAAUUUCAAUAGAACAACAGCGAAAUCAACUGAACAGUACAUUUUCUCUACUGAUGAUGGCAUUUGAUAUGCCGAAAGCUCUAGUUUAUUCAAAAAUUUCAUUUAUUAUAUUUUUAAUUUGUUAUUCAUUCAAUAGGGUACUCCACCAUGGGAAUCGCAAUCUUGCGACUUCUGUGCCGGUCGCAAGUCCGGAAAGAGGAGCAGCGUUGGAUAGAAAGGGGUGCAGAUACCACUAUCUGUAUAAAACUCAAAGACGGCAGAAACCAAAAGAUGAAAGUCAAUGAUCUUAAUCCAUACGGGCUCGGACGUCGCCCGG